GGGCAUCCUAUUAUCGCUUCUCGUGUGCAUCUACAACUCCGAACUUCCCUCCAAUUCGGGGUCGGUGCCCCAUGUCCUUCGGUUCAUCGAGAAAGCCAAGGACUUCUCGCUAGCCAUAACCAAGGACGAGGCAAAUAUGCCAUAUCCAGGAUCCGCUAUUUUGAGAUCUACUGCCCAACAGCUUUCGGUCGAGUUAAGGAAUCAUUACAGUAAUGGCUCUAAAGAUCUUUGUGAGAAGGUCAAAGCACGCAAGGGAAAAGGUCCUUUGCCUGCAUAUGCACUAAACAGCAUCGAUCAUGGCAUUUCAGCAAUCAAGAACUUUAUUCUCCUAGACAGGGUCUGCACGAGUGGUCGAAGGUUGGCUCUGCUAACCUCCUUUGAAGACAUUUUCAUAUCUUUUUCGAAGUCGGAUCUGAUCAAGAUCUUUUGGCAAGACGUGGUCUUGCGAAAGCUACUUCAAGACUAUGCCAAGCCUGAUUUCCCAAUCACCGAAAACAUCACGCAGGCGGACGUGUCGUAUUGGCUCUCGGAAAAAGCACCUGGACUAUCAAGCUGGUCACCGACAUUGGAGGACACACACCAGAGUAACAGAAAACGCUGAAAGACUAUAAGGCGAGAAUGUUUGUAAUGCCUUUGGACAAGAUGAGACAGCAUAUUGGAGCCAUUCAAGACGACAGCUUCGAACCCAGCUCGUACAAGGAACGUGGCUAUGCUCUACGUGGCUCACUUCGAACGGAUGGGUUUCGACUCUAACGGUUAGCAUUCAAGCUGAACGAACCCAAUGCGAUCAAGUACAGACGACUUCCCGAGGCCAAGUUACCUUCUCGUACCACUUCUACUCUCGGCGGCACGGACUAUUUCUUGACCGAGAUCAGGAAUGUCGUGAAGACUAAGCAGGCAGAUCAAGAUUUU